GAAUUUCUAGCUAUUUACGAGCAAGUCUGUGUACCAUUUGACAUGCCAUCUCACGAGAGGACAACACCGCCUAGAGUUGGGCUGCAGGACCAGCCUACAAGUUGGACAGAUGACCUCCCAGUAUGUUACUUGUCAGGAGUUGGUUUUUCCACCAACCAGAUCUACAGGGAAGACGGCUUCCGAAGAGAGGAGCAUGAGUUUGAGGAUAGAAGUUUCCAUUUCAGGGUUGAUGAUGUAUACCUGUAUGGAUUGUUUGAUGGCCAUGAUGGCGCCAGGGCCUCCAAUUUUGCUGCACAGAGAAUGCCAGCAGAGCUGCUACUGGGACAGCUUAACGGGAAAUCAACUGAUGAAGGGAUUAAAGAAGUUUUGCAGCAGGCUUUCAAUGCAGUGGAAAAAGGUUUUUUUGAGUCUAUAGAAGAUUUUCUUGUUCAAAGGAUUCAUGUCCACCAGCAGCUACCUGAGGGUAUUAGUGGAUAUGAUGCAGCUAGGCAGUUUCCCGACUUGGUAGACCAGCUACAGAGACUUGAUAUGGAGAUAGCAGGAGGAACCACAGCAACUAUUGCAUUGAUUAGAGAUAGUAAACUCUCUGUGGCCAAUGUAGGAAACUCCAGAGCACUAGUUUGUAAAAGGAGCCCAGAAGGAAUGUUGAGGGUCACCCAGCUGACCAAUGACCACACUCUAGCUAACGAAGAUGAGAUCCAGAGGCUGACCCAGCUAGGACUUGACCCUGAGAAGCUUUGUCACAGUAGAAAACUUGGCAAUCAUGAAGUGUACACCAGGUGUAUUGGUGAUUACAGUGUAAAGGGUGGUUACAAAGAUAUUGAAAUCUUAAGCCCUGCAGUGUCAGAACCAGUGAUAACAGAACCAGAGGUAUGUUCUAUCCAGUUAGAUGAAUCCUGCAGUUUCCUCAUACUUAUGACAGAUGGAGUGUACAAUACGCUGGUCGAUGCAACAGGCACACAGCAUGUUAAUGCAGAUAUUGCAUCAAUGGUGGCUUCAGAGUUCUCAGUCCAGUCGACUCUGAAUGGAGUCGCUCAGGCUGUUAUCGAUCGUAUUGUUCGUAUCCAUCAUGACUCUUUCAUGACAGCAUCAAAUGAUGUCAAACAGUUGUGUCAAAAGAGAGAUGACAUGACAUUGCUGGUGAGGAAUUUCAACCACCCGUUGCCCAAUGCUCUGAGCAGUCCUACAUCAGGGGGAUUGCAUCUUCCACUUUCAGGCCCAUACAAUCAGGCACGUAAUAAUGAGUCCCCAUCAGUAUUCCCUAGUAAUAAUAACAAUAUUGAGGCCACCCCUGGAGGAUUACAGACAAAACCCAUAUUUGUUGCCAAGGCACUUUUCCAGGUUGGAGCCCCCUUGGGUGCUUUGAAUAAGACAUUAUCUGGUACAAAUACUAACACUGUGAUGUCUGGGACCUUUCAGAGCACUCGCUCUAGUGCAUAUACCAGUACAUAUACCAGCAGCAAUGAUUCCACUCAAAGUGGAGAUCAGGGACUGUUCAAUUCUUAUCGAAACAGGAGCAUCCACCACACUAUUGAGUUAGAUGAAGAUGGGAGAAUCGAACCCUAUGUGGACUUCUCAGAUUUUUAUGCAGCUAUGGCUAAGUUGACAGACUCUCAGCGUGAGACUUUAGAUGCAGAUGUCAAACCUCAACCUACUUAUGAAACAAUUAAUGAAGAAGCAGAGGCGGAGAAAGUUGCUGAGAAGGAUGACAGUAAAGAUGAUGGAAAUGUUUCACAAUAGAGAGCACUUCUACUUUUAAAAAAGAUAGUGUUUUAGGCCAAGUGUCUGUAAGAUAUCUCACUCUAGGCACAGACAGAAUCUUUUUAAUUCCAUGAAAUCAUGCUUUUAACAAAUUCAAGUUGUAGUGGAACAGUUCUUAUCUGAAAGUACUCCCAGCUGGGAAAAAUAAGUUUUUUAAAUGACAACUGCACCAGUAAAAUCUUUCUUCCAAAGGAAGUGAAAUAAGAACAAAUGUUUUUUUUUUAAUUUGCUUGGUUCAGUAAACCUGGCAUAUUACAUGCUGAUAAGGACUUGUUAUAAUUGUCAGUUACAUGUGAAGUCUGUCAUAUGCUCUAACAAUUCUUUGUCACUAGACAGGACCAUGACUUGCAGAUUCAGUGUUGUCAUUCUAGAUGUGUGUCCACUUUAUUAUACUGUGUGAUAUGCGAGUUCUACUGUACAUCAGAAUUCUGCAAUUUUUUUAAUUUUUGUAGUAUUUCUGCAAACCCCUCGGCAGUAAGCUGUAAAAUGACAGAAUGUCAAAUCAUUAUUCCAGCAUUCAGUUGUCAGAUUGGUUACGUUUAGUGAAGUCAGUAUUUUGUGCAUGUACAAGGUUUAAAAGCUUAAAAGUUAUUUUCUGGAGUAGAUAUAAAUUCAAAAUUCUAUUAUGUCAAUUUUUGUCAAGUAUUAGGAACUGAGCAAAAUGGCCUUGCACCAGCAAUAAAAUAUGGUCAAUUUGUAU